AUGUCCGAGCCCACAAACGAGAAGAUGGCGACUACAAGCGCUGGCUCUGCGUCGGAAACCCAAGCACCAGAGAUCAUGGGUGCGGAAACAAGACCUCACGGCAAGGCAUGGAUGUACAAGUCCUUCAAGCUUGGUCCGAUCACCAUACCUGCGUAUGCCACACCACAAUUUCAGAUCGUCUUUGUCGCCCUGGUCUGUUUCUUGUGCCCUGGCAUGUUCAACGCAGUCAACGGUCUUGGUGCGGCUGGUCAGGUCAAUGCCCAUGAUAUCAACAAUGCAAACACCGCUGUCUAUGCAACUUUCUCUGUCGUGGGCUUCUUCGCCGGCACCAUUGCCAACAAGAUCGGCCUUCGCCUUACCCUGGGUAUUGGAGGAUUCGGCUACUGCCUCUACAUUGCCUCAAUCUUGUGUUACAACCACACCUUGAAUGCAGGCUUCCUGAUCUUCGCAGGAAGUCUCCUCGGUGUCUGUGCUGGUUUGCUCUGGACGGCUCAAGGCUCCGUUAUGAUGUCUUACCCUCCGGAGAAGUCCAAGGGCACGUACAUUGCCGUGUUUUGGGGUAUCUUCAACCUGGGAGCUGUUAUUGGCGGUUUGGUCCCCCUCGGUCAAAGCAUCCACAACAAGAGCAAUUCCGUUGGGGACGGCACUUAUAUCGCCUUCAUUGUCUUGAUGGCAGCCGGUUUCGUUCUGGCAGGCUUUCUGUGCGACCCAAGGCUUGUUGAACGGUCUGAUGGUUCUCGAGUUAUCAUGAUGAAGAACCCAACAUGGAAGUCGGAGCUCAAGGGUCUCUGGCAGUCUCUGUUUUCCGACUGGUACAUCAUUCUCCUCUUCCCCAUGUUCUUCGCCAGCAACUGGUUUUACACCUACCACUUCCAGGAUGUCAAUCUUCCAAAGUUCAACAUUCGCACCCGUGCCCUCAACAGCGUCUUGUAUUAUCUCUCUCAAAUCAUCGGAUCCAUCAUUUUCGGUAUUGCUCUCGACAACACCCGUUUCAGCCGCUCCACUCGUGCCAGAGGCGUCAUGGUUGUGCUGUUUGUGCUCACCUUUGUGAUCUGGGGUGGCGGUUACGACUUCCAGAAGCAGUACAACCGUACCGAGACCACUGCCGAUGAUUACGUCAAGAUUGACUGGACCGACAAGGCCUAUAUUGGUCCCAUGUUCUUGUUCAUGUUCUAUGGAGCGUAUGAUUCGGUCUGGCAGACCACAACCUACUGGCUUAUGGGCUCCUUAACUAAUAAUGGCCGAAAGCUUGCCAACUUCGCCGGCUUUUACAAAGGUAUUCAGUCUGCUGGUGGCGCCAUUUCGCCACAACUCGACGCGAACAAAGUUGCUUUUAUGACGCAGUUCGCCGUCAACUGGGGUCUGCUGGCUGGCUCACUCCUCAUUGCUGCUCCCGUCAUCUGGACCAGGGUCAAGGACACCACUGAUCUUGAGGAAGAUUUGAAGUUCAGUGACGAGACAAAGGCUGAUGUUGCCCCUGCCAGUGCCAUCGUUGGCCCUGAAGGAAUGAUGGCAGAGAAGAUCUAA